UUCAGCAGAUCAGAGAGUCCUUUGACUCGCAGCGACAGCCGAUUGAAUAGUCAGCUGAGUUGAACUGCAGAUUUGUUUGACGCUGAUUGGCAAAGUGAAACGAAAAGACCCACCAAAGUAGGCGCUCCUUCUAUCCCAUUCUUUACUCUUUGUGGUGAUGGGAGCAGGGUUGCGAAGAUCCAAGUUGAAGCAACUUCACUGUUGGCCAAGGCUGCGGCUGAGGAAAUGUGUUGAUGUGUCGAUUUUGGCGGAAUCCAGAUGGUUUGGCCGCGAAGCAGUUGGAAAAGAAAGUGCUCAGCGUUGGUCCAACGGGUCAGCUGAGUCAGCUCGAAGUACAGGCAAUGUACUCCGGUCACGUGGUACACCUGCACUCAGGUGCUUCACUUGACGAGCUUCUGGUUGAGGCCAGCCGCUUCUUCGUCCUCAAAGCAAUUUGUUGCGACAUCGCCGCGGCCAAACUUCACGCAGCAGGUGGUGAUGGAGCCCGCCUACCUGGGAAGUUGAUCAACCAGCUGUGCAUGAACCUCACCGAUUAGGUCAUUCACCAUGAUCCACGGUCUGAUGAUGAGAACCAAGUAGAACGCGACUUGUUCACGUUCAAGAAGUAUGCAAAACUGCAAAACUGUUUGGAAAAUGGCCACCCGCGAGCCAGAGCUUUGCAAUGAUGGUGCUGGAGCCUGAAGGAAAUGAUCCAGAACCAGGAAGGCGUACAAAGGCGUACCAGUGUGCCAGCUUUGCAGGAAAGCAGCUGGCAGAUGAUCGUUGCCUCAGCGAUUUUGACAUGAAGAAGGGAGUCAAAUUACCCUGACUCUCAGGUUGAGCACCUGCUAGAGUAACAACUUGACAGUCCAAGAAGCCGGCAGCUUGACAAUCAAGCUGCAUUGCUGCAGCACAAUUGUCAGCUCGUGAGCAAA